GGACACCAAGCCAGGGGAGCUGGCAGAUCGAUGGAGCCGCUUCUUGAGGAUUUCUACUCCCUUCAUCACGCGGUUCUUCUACUCCCUGCUGAAUGGUCGCAUCUGGGAGGACGAAGCCAGCCUUGCCAGGCAGGCUGUCGACAACAUGCAGGAGCUGGGCCCGACCUUUGUGAAGCUGGGGCAGGUGCUGUCCAUUCGCCCGGACGUGCUGCCGCCGGUGACCAUGAAAGAGCUGGCCCGACUGCAGGACGACAUCGAGACUUUCCCCACUGAGGAAGCUCGCAGGGUCAUUGAGAAGGAGAUGGGGAAGCCCGUGGAUGAAGUCUUUUCCUCCUUCGGCGAUGAGCCGAUCGCCGCGGCCUCCUUGGCGCAAGUCUACCGCGCCACGCUGCGGUCCACCGGGCAGGAGGUGGCCGUGAAGGUCCAGAGGCCGGGAGCUCUCAGCACGGUGUCCAAGGACCUCUACGUGCUCCGCCGCCUCGCCGACGUGGUGCAGCCCCUGAUCCGCCGCUUCACCGCGGAUGAGACGGACUACAUCGCCCUCACGGAGACCUUCGCUGAGGGUCUCUACACGGAGCUGGACUUCCGGAACGAGGCGCUGAACGCGCUGCGCAUGGAGGAGCUGCUGAAAGAGGCGCUGGAGCCCGCGGCGCUGGAGAAGGUGAUCAUCCCGACCCCUUUGAUGGAGCAGACGAGUCGCCGCGUGAUGCUCUCGGAGUGGGUGAACGGGGUGAAGCUCAGCACACUGCCCCCGCCGGAGAUCAAGGAGUUGAUCUCCAUUGGCCAAGAGGUGUUCCUGACCCAGCUCCUGGACAUUGGCUUCUUUCACGGGGACCCGCAUCCCGGCAACCUCCUCAAGGUCACGGAAGGCCCGGACGAGGGCAAGCUCUGCCUGCUGGACUUUGGACUGGUGGCCCAAGUGCCGCGCAAGGAUCGGGAAAUCAUCAUCUCCGCGGUGGUGCAUUUGGGGACGCAGAACUGGGAGGCUCUGAUCGCAGACUUCCAGGAGCUCGGGUUUCUGGCGCCGGACACCGACAAGGAUGCCCUGGUGCCCAUCUUGCAGCGGGUGCUGCGGCCCUACUUGAAGGGCGGCGGCGCGCAGGCCUUCAAGAACGCCAACUUCCAGGCCCUGACGCAAGACCUCCUCAAGGUGAACAUGGAGGUGAAGUUCUCCAUCCCUCCCUACGUGUCGCUGCUGGCUCGCUCCGUGGCCACUUUGGAGGGCGUGGCCUUGCAGGGGGACAAGGAGUAUCAGAUCGUGGCGAUGGCCUAUCCCUUCGUCAUCCGGCGCCUCCUGAAGAACGACAGCCGCCUGUCUUUCGCCGCCCUGCGCGAGCUCCUCUAUGAUCCAGUCACCAGAAGGAUGCGGCCUCAACGCUUGGCCACCAUGCUCCAGGCGUCUUUGGGCGUGGUGGCGGAUGCGGACUCGAGGAGCGGCUUCAUCGACUUCGACUCGGUGCCGAAGGACUCUGCUCCAGCCAAGGAGGUGCUGCAGUUCCUGCUGUCCCCGAACGCCUCGAAGCUGCGGCCCUUGCUGAACGCGGAGCUCAGCUACGGCUUGGAUCUGGUGCUCAGGCGCACGGCACGGCGCGUGCGCAGCAACCUACGGGACCUGCUGGCGCCGCGGGUGCCCGUCCUGGGCAUCCGCCUGCCCCAGCCCCCGGUGCCGCCGCUCUUCAUCCCGGUGCCCAAAGACUUGGAGGCCUCGGGGCCCGAGGCCUUCCGCCACGGGGUGGACAUCCUGAGCAGCGAGGAGGUCUUUGAGGCUAUCUUCCCGGAGCUCAGCACCUCAGAGGAUGUGGACUUUGACACCUUCAACGAGGCCGCCAGGAGCGUCUUGGAGGUGGACGAGUUGCCGGAGGCUUCGCCCCAGGCGAUCCUCGCGGCCUUGCGCUCCGUGGCGCAGGGCCAGGACACCGCUGCGGCGGAGCUGGGCGAGGCGGUGCGCCAGGCCCUUUCCACGCAGGAGUCCCGAAGUGCGCUCACCAACGAGGUCGUCUUCGCAAUCACGCAAGAGCUUCUGCGCACCUGGCGCGCUCGCCUCGCCGCUCGCGUGCCGAACGUCAACGCAGCCGAAAGGCGAAGCCCGCAGCCCGCAUGAGGCAAGUUCGGCGAUUUUCCUUCUGUUGUUCAGCGGCACCCUUUGUCCUUUUUUGCCAUUCGU